AUGGAACCAGAGAAUAAUACAAGAAUUUCAGAUUUUCUUCUUCUGGGGCUUUCAGAGGAACCCAAAUUACAGCCCCUCAUAUUUGGAGUUUUCCUGUCCAUGUAUCUGAUAACCAUGAUUGGAAACCUGCUCAUCAUCCUGGCCACCAUCUCAGACUCCCACCUGCACACACCCAUGUACUUCUUCCUCUCCAACCUGUCCUUUGUGGACAUCUGUUUCACUUCUACCACCAUCCCAAAGAUGCUGGUGAACAUCCAGACACAGAGCAAGGUCAUCACCCAUGCAGGCUGCAUCACCCAGAUGUUCUUUCACAUAAUUUUUGCAGGGAUAGAUGACUUUCUCCUGACAGUGAUGGCCUAUGACCGGUAUGUGGCCAUCUGUCACCCAUUGCAUUACUCAGUCAUCAUGGACACCCAGCUCUGUGUGUUGCUGAUUCUAUUGUCCUGGAUCAUGAGUGUUCUGAAUUCACUGUCACAUAGUUUAAUGGUGUUGCAGCUGUCCUUCUGCACACCAGUGGAGAUCCCUCACUUUUUCUGUGAAAUUAAUCAAGUGGUCCACCUUGCCUGCUCUGACACUUUUAUCAAUGACAUGAUAAUGUAUUUUGCAGUUGUGGCACUGGUUGGUGGUCCUCUCACUGGGAUCCUUUACUCUUACACUAAAAUAGUUUCCUCCAUUCGUGCAAUCACAUCAGCUCAGGGGAAGUAUAAAGCCUUUUCCACCUGUGCCUCUCACCUCUCUGUUGUCUCCUUAUUUUAUUGUACAAGUCUAGGCGUGUAUCUUAGUUCUGCCGUUAUCCAAGAUUCUCACUCAAGUGCAACAGCCUCGGUGAUGUACACUGUGGUCACCCCCAUGCUGAACCCCUUUAUCUACAGUCUGAGGAAUGAAGACAUAAAGAGGGCUCUGAGAAGUUUCCUUUGGAGAAAACUAUCAAAGGAUCAACUGUCCUGCUAUUGA